CACCCUGUGAGGACAGCGUUGGCAGGGCUGGAGGCUGGUGGUGCUGGGUGCUGGCAGCUGCAGGUCCCAUCCCGGCUGUGCUGUGCAGGUGCUGCUGGAAGAGGAGCCCAGGGACCAACUGCCUGCAGUGGUGCAGCGCAUUGCCUCAUUUGCCAUGGCUGAGAUGAGGUACCUGCCCAUCCUUCCUGGGAACUCCUGCCCCAGAGCCCCCUGUCCACCUGUACGAGACCUCCAGGCACUGCUCCCAGCACCAGUGUCCUACUGGCCCCUCUCUCUUUGUAGCUUCGUGGAGGAGGUGCUGGAAGGCAAAGACAUGAGCCACAUCCAGGCCUGCUUCUCCAACGUCUUCAUGCUUCCUUCAAAAGAGGAAAUGAGGGGCCUGAAACCUUACCUCUACUUCAUGACCAUGAAGGCUGUGGACAGCGUGCUUGUGGCAUUGGCGCUCAACUCUCCUGCCUCCGAAGUCAACGAGAAGAUGCAGGAUAUCUUCCAGAUGCUCUUGACGUUCACCACCUCUGAGAGGGCAUCUGUGCGGGAGAGGGCUGUGGGCAGGAUGAGGGUGCUGAGCUUCUUGCUGGCCAACUACUCCUCACUGAAGGCUGAUCCAAAUGAGGAUGGAAGUGAUUCCUGUGCUGAGAUCGAGAUGCCAAUCCUUGGACAGCUGCUAGGACAUCUCCUCCUAUUCCUGUCAUUCAAGGAAGAAGAGACCAGCUGUUUGGCUUUGGACACUCUUUAUUUCCUCUUCCAAUUCAAGCGUCAGCAACACUGUGCGACACUGCCAGAAGAGAAUGCACAGCUCCAGGAGGACUGGGAAGCCAGUAUCACCUCCUUGACCUCUUCGCCCAGUGCUACUCACAUCACCAAGCUCUUUGAAGAAUACCUCCAGCCUUCUGAGAGGACAGACAUGGUCCUGGUGUUCAUCAAGGCGAUGAGCGACUCCAGCACCUUUGACAAGGAGGUGGCCAGAAACAUGCUGGGCAUGGUCAAGAGAAACUGCGAUUUCUGGCUGGUGGAUGUGCCAAAGAUCACAAGCUGCAUCCACAAAGCCCUGCGGUGCAUCAACACGGCACCAGCCCGGCGGAGUGUGAUGUCCCUAAUUGUCUGGAUGGCUGACAAGUGCCCUGGGGAGGUGGUCUCGACGCUGCUGACAAUCACACCACCAGGAGACAGCACUGCCCUGGCACUGUGGGAGGUGAUGUUCUCCGUGCCCCAGACCCUGCAGAACGUGUUGAAGGAGCUGCUCAUCCAACUGCAGGACCGGCACUAUAGGGUCUUUUAUACACACUGGGUGGACACCGCCAUCCUUCGCUUGGCUAUACUGGCCAGCAGUGACCUGCAAGAUGAGGAGUUUGCUCCAGUGUACCUAGUCAUGAGGUUUCUGAGGCAACGAAGACCAGCGGUGCUCUCCCUGUUGCUCAGGGCCAUGAUGACGCUGUCACAGAGAGGAGAGAUGGCCAGAAAAAUGGAGGUCAUGCUGCCAGACCUGAUGUGGGUCCUGCAGUACGGCAAUAAGGCCAUCAAGAUGAAGGCUCUGGUCAUCUUCAGAAACGUGAUGGCUCAGCUGGAGAGGGAGAAGGCCAGUCCCAUCGCUGUGCGGCUGGCAGAAUUUCUCCUGCCCUUCUUUGAUGACGUAAGGCUGAUGUAUAAGGCUGAUGUAUAA